AUGGCCUCAGAAAAGUUGAUGGUAGAUCCUGUUGGCGACCUUCCCGUAAUAGACAACGGAGAAAACGCAGUAAAAUUUACCAAGGUAAAAAUAUAUACUAUAAUUUUCUCAAUUGUGACGCAAUUUUAGGAUGGGGAAAGCAUUGACUUGAAGCCGGAGCAGAAAUUAAUAGGACUCACUAAGGAGCAAUUGGAGAAGUACAGGAAUGAUCCUUUCUGGAAGUCAGCUCGCUACGUCGUCUUUACAUUGUUCUGGAUCAUCUGGUUGAUCAUGUUUGUUGGCGCCAUCCUAAUUGUUGUAAUGUCACCCAAAUGUGCCCCUAAGAAGGAACAAGCUUGGUUCCAGAAUUCUGUUGCCUAUCAACUCUUCACUCCGACGUUUAAGGAUUCGGAUAACGACGGAGUUGGAGAUUUUCUGGGCAUAAAGGAAAAGUUGAAUGACCUCAGACGGGUUGGUAUCACCGCUCUGUGGCCUACCCCAUUGCUAAAGACUGACAAAAACGAAUUUGAUCCUGCUGCUAUUGUCGACUCAAACUUGGUGGACUCACGUUUCGGAUCUGAAGAAGAUCUAAAGAAUCUAAUUGAUGAAACUCAUAGCCUUGGACUGAAGUUUAUAGCCGAUCUACCGUUAACCGAAUCAACUGUUACGAACAUUACAAAGAAAGAGAACAAGUUGGUGGACAUCAACAGCAAUGAUGUGUUAACCAAGCUGAGAAAAACGGCCGUUUAUCUUUUAAAUCUUGGAGUCGAUGGAAUUCAUUUAGCACAAUAUGGGUUGGCUUAUGUAAGUUUGAAAUGACAUGGCACAACCCCGUGUUUACAGAAGUUCGAUGCUUCCGAAAAACUGGACAGUCUUGCUGGGUUAAUUCGCACAGAAGCAAAAGAAAACUUCCACGACAACAAUCCCGAGAAUCUUUUACUAUUCGCAGAUGUCCAGAUUCAGAGAGAACAAAGGAAUCUAAAUCUGUACACAAGACCUCUUUACCGUUACCCUAAUGCUACCGCCCAGAUCUGCCAUUCUGUUAAUUUUAUCGAGUGUCUUAGUGAAAGCGCUCGAGACGGCGCUGGCCAGGUUGUCCGCAAUGCUUCAACUCUUCCCCUCUGGCAGUUAGGAGAUGUCUCCAGACCAAGACCAUCCAUCCGGACUGCAGAUAAUCUUCUUCCUCAAGCUACUGCUGCUCUUGCUGCGAUUCAGCUGUUCUUGCCAGGCUCAGCUGCGAUCUACUACGGCGAAGAGCUCGGACUUCCACCAGUGAAUGAUGUUAAAUCACAGCACGGUCUAAUGGCCUGGUCUAACGAAAAGAAUGGAGGAUUCUCGGAUAUCGAAGGAAAACCCUUUUUCCAGCAACUUUCGAGUCAACAGAUUGAAAAACUGAAUUUCGAGGUGAGUAAAACCCGGUUUUCGAAACCGCUUUAUAGGCUCAAUACAAAGAAACUCAUUCUCCACUAAAAGGCUUCAAGAAGUUGGCAGAAACCAAAGCCCGUGAUGAAGUCUUCAUUGAGGGUCAGUUGGCGGUCUCCAAAAAGGAUGGUUUGGCCAUUUUUUCCAGAAUACUCGAGGGGAAUGAGAAGGUAUGUUGCGUUCGUUCAAAUAACAAACAACGUUAAGGCUUAUAUUCUUGUGGUAAACUUUCCAAACACGAAUGAUUCAUCCCCAAAAGUAUUUACAUUGAACAAGAACAUUGUACAAAACCAUGCUGCUUCCCAUGUGGAAUUGGUUUGGAAUCAGCCUAACAACGCUAAAAAUCCAUCCCAUAUUCAGCUUAACGACAAACUCACCCUGAACCCCUUCGAGUAUGUCCUUCUCCGUGUCACGGUGGUUUAA